AUGAAGUUGGUCAAGCCAAAUUGGGUUACUCAUGAUGGGUAUCCAAUAUUUUCUAUCGAUAUACAUCCUAAUGGGAAAAGAUUUGCUACUGGUGGUCAAGGUGGUGAUUCAGGAAGAGUUGUUAUAUGGAAUAUGGAACCGGUAGUUAAUGAGACUGCUGAAUUAGACUCCAAUGUUCCAAAGAUGCUUUGCCAAUUAGACAAUCAUCUUGCGUGUGUGAAUUGCGUACGAUGGAGCAAUAGUGGAUUAUUGGCAUCAGGUGGUGUAGAUAAGCUUAUUAUGAUUUGGCGAUUAUCUGGAUCAGGAGGAAGCUCUAUUUUUGGUGGAAAAGCCAGUGUUGAGACUUGGAGAUGUAUUGCUACACUACGCUCACACGAAGCUGAUGUACUCGAUCUUGCAUGGGCACCACAUAGUCCAUGGUUAGCUUCUGCCUCAGUGGAUAACAGUGUUAUAGUAUGGGAUGCUUCCAAGUUUCCUGCGGUAGUUGCAGUAUUAAAAGGUCAUACAGGUUUUGUAAAAGGAAUUACUUGGGAUCCUGUGGGCAAAUAUUUAGCAUCUCAAUCUGAUGAUAAAACAUUGAGGGUAUGGCAUACUACGGAUUGGACAGAAGCAGCAUUAAUAUCUGAGCCUUUUGAUGAAUGUGGUGGAACAACUCAUGUUUUAAGACUUUCGUGGAGUCCAGAUGGUCAGUAUUUAGUAUCUGCCCAUGCUAUGAAUGGGGGAGGACCUACAGCUCAAAUAAUUGAAAGAGACGGAUGGACACAGGACAAAGAUUUUGUUGGACAUAGGAAGGCAGUAACUUGUGUUAGAUUUAAUGGCAAUAUCCUACAAAAGAAACAACCAGGUUCCUCUAAACCACAACAGUAUUGUUGUGUUGCAAUAGGAUCACGAGAUCGUUCUCUAUCUGUGUGGUUAACAUCUUUAAAAAGACCUUUAGUCGUAAUUCACGAAUUGUUUACACAUUCUGUGUUAGAUGCUAGUUGGUCACCAUGCGGUCUUCGUCUUGCUGCAUGUUCUUGGGAUGGAACAGCUGUAUUUAUCGAAUUUACUCAACAGGAAUUAGGACAACCUCUUGAUCCUGCUGAACAAAGUAGUCUACAUGAACGAUUAUAUGGUAAACCAUUAAUUCAAGGAGGUUGUAUGGUGAUGGAAGCACCAGAACUCCUCAAUUUAAAACAACCAGCAUCGAAUCAAUCUUGUCAAGUAUCAUCCGUUCCCAGCAUUCCCCCUGUCACUAACACUGGGACCACUCCGGUUAAGGGACCUAUUAAUAAGCAAAUCGAAACGAGAACUUCAGAUGGGAAAAGAAGAAUUACUCCUAUGUUUAUUCCACCGCCAGCAGAUACAACAGAUACAAAUAUUAGUGGUAGUUUAGGCACACCAACGUUCACCAGUAAAGUACAAACAAAAAGCUCGAUUGUGAUAGAAAAACGUAAUGAUGUUGUUGCACCUAAUGUUACUUCGUCGUCCAAACCAAUUGUUGCCGACACCCCAGAAUCCUCCCUUACACUGAAACGCAAGGAGCAAACAACACCAAAGAUACAUCAUUCUUUGCUGAAUAAAAAGCCUAAAUUCAUAUUUGACAGGAGUGUAGGUCAGAUGUUAUUACCUCCAUUGAAGCCAUCCAGCUCGUUGUCUCAACAGGCGGGUCAUUACGCUGUAACUGUCACUAAUAGUCAUGGCUUGGCUCAUUUGCAAGUAUUUAAAGGCACAGAUUCUGAACCGACAUGGGAUCUCUAUUUAGGAUAUAGUGCUGUGGCAUUAGCGGCAUCACCGGCCGUGAUAGCCUUGGGUUUGGAAGACGGGAGUCUUCAUACAUUUCAUCCUGCAAAAGGAUGCCGGUCAGCACCACCAUUAGCGCCACCAGCACCUUUGGCAAAGGUUCAUGCUGCUGGAAAUGCGGUGAUGGUAAUAUCGAGCUGUGGUGCGGUUCGCGUGUGGGAAAUAGGAAAUACGUGCAGAAUGAUUGUUUCAACUUCGGCAGCUCAUUUAGCAGCGCCUGGAGCAUCCCUUUUGUCAUGCACUUUGUAUAAUGGAAUGCCUCAUGUAGCAUUUACUAAUGCACGAGCGUAUAUGUAUCAUAAGGAUAUGGGAACAUGGUUGUUAAUUGGAGACAGUCAUGAUCCAGUAUGGCGAUGGUCAUCAUUCAAUGUACUAAGCACUUCUGGCAAUAGGACGCCUAGAGGACCUCUAUCGUCACUACAGGAAGGAUUGCUUAGAACCUCAGGGAAUAUUUUACCAAAUCCGCGAUUACCACAUAGUGCACCGAGUGUGGUUUCCUAUUUGGAACAGCAAUUACUCGCAUCUAAAGCUCUUGGAAGUGCCCAAGAGUACAUUCAUUGGCUUAUGGCCUUGGUAUCAUUCUUAUUAACGCAAGACGGUUUGGAGAAACGUUUAAGGCUAAUAUUGGACGAUCUUUUGGGCCCAAGUCAUACAUCAGCUUCCAAAAGUACAUGGGACCCUGUUAUUUUGGGAAUAAAGAAACAUAAACUUCUGGGCGAUGUACUAACUGUAAUUGGUGGCCAUCUUCGGUGGCAAAGAUUAUACCUCGAGUAUUCGGAGCAAUUAACAGCACUGAAGAAUCAAACUAAUUAAUGGUAAUUCAUUUAACAGUGCAAAUUUAUUAUACCAAA